GCGCAAUACUGAGCUAAUGGAGGUUACGGGUUUCGGCUUUUAAACGUCCGGUGUUGAGCGAAGUGACUGAACCUGGUUAAAGCCUUAGGGGGAUUUUCCCCGCGCCUUAUUCGACAUUAUCGGAUCUGAUCUGCCGGAGCGAAGAUGGCGUCCGACUCGAAGUCUUCCUCCUAUAAGGGGAUCAUGACGUUUUACCCGACCAUGGAGGAGUUUAAAAACUUUAACCGCUACAUCGCUUACAUCGAGUCUCAGGGAGCACACAGAGCCGGUCUGGCCAAGAUUGUCCCUCCGAAGGAGUGGAAGCCCCGGCACUCGUACGACGACAUCGACGACUUGUUGAUCCCGGCGCCGAUCCAGCAGGUGGUGACGGGUCAGUCAGGACUCUUCACACAGUACAACAUCCAGAAAAAACCCAUGACCGUCAAGGAGUUCCGCAAAACGGCCAACAGCGACAAGUUCUGCAGCCCUCGAUACGACGACUUUGAAGAGCUGGAGAGGAAGUACUGGAAAAACGUCACCUUUAACCCGCCCAUCUAUGGCGCUGAUGUGAACGGGACGCUCUACGACCCCGACGUGGAUGAGUGGAACGUGGGUCGUCUGAACACAAUCCUGGACACGGUGGAGCACGACAGCGGUAUCACCAUCGAGGGGGUGAACACGCCGUACCUGUACUUCGGCAUGUGGAAGACCACCUUCGCCUGGCACACGGAGGACAUGGACCUCUACAGCAUUAAUUACCUGCACUUUGGGGAACCCAAGUCAUGGUAUACUGUGCCUCCGGAGCACGGGAAGAGACUGGAGCGCCUGGCUAAAGGAUUUUUUCCUGGAAGUUCUCAAAACUGUGAAGCUUUUCUCAGACACAAGAUGACCCUUAUCUCGCCGUCUAUUUUAAAGAAAUACGGCAUCCCUUUCGAAAAGAUCACUCAGGAAGCUGGAGAGUUCAUGAUAACCUUCCCGUACGGCUACCACGCCGGUUUCAAUCACGGCUUUAACUGCGCCGAGUCGACCAACUUCGCCACGCAGCGAUGGAUCGAUUAUGGAAAGCAGGCCAUUCUGUGCUCGUGUCGGAAGGACAUGGUGAAGAUCUCCAUGGACGUGUUCGUCAGGAAGUUCCAGCCGGACCGAUACGAGUUGUGGCUGUCGGGGAAGGACAACACUCCCAUCGAUCACACCAAGCCCACGCCAGAGGCGGCGGAAUUCAUGGGAGGCAAGAAAGGAAACUUCGGCCAUCGAGCUCCUUGCACACAGAACCAGAGCAACGACUCGUCUAAAAAAAGUGUGGCCAAACAGAGAAUUGGUACUAAGAGGCACCGUGUGUGUUUGGAGGUACCGGAUGAUGUUCUACCAAAGAGCGACGCAACUCACGACAACUCCGAGUACGGGAAGAAGGGACGCCUCUCUCCACGGACUGAGCUGAGCUGGGACAGUACCGAGUGCAGCAGUGAGUCGAGUGUGAAACCUCCUCCAGACAGCAGGAAGUGGCUGAAGCUCGGAGAUCGUUCCGAGAGCACGGCCUGUGUUAAGUCGGAGGUUACAGCGGCGUGUCCUCAGGGCCCCAAGAAAAGUCACCUGUCCAUUGCCACCAUCCCUAUGGCCUCUCACUGCCUCUCUGCCUUGCCCUGGACAUCCAGCAAGCCCGGGGUGGCCAGCCUGCUCUUCCACAGGACCCUGAGCCCCUCCGAUGCCUUGCAGGUCCACACCUACGCCGCUAAAGCCACACUCUGUAAACCUCAUCCUCAACCUCCCCGGGCCCAGGACUUCGUUAAGUCCGAGUCAGAGUCCGAAUCCGAGUCUGAACCCACACCCGAGCUGAAGCGCAGCACAGACACUCCAGAACACAGCACAGACACAAAGGAGGAAACCGAAGAUGAGAAGGAGAACAAGAGCAUGAUGAGGAAGCUGCAGCCCCUCAGCACCCUGCCUCACCUCCACCCUCUGCUCAAAGAGAGCUCCAGCGAUGAAGAGAUGCAGGAGCAGGUGGAGAUAGACGUGGACUCUCAGGAAUCGGACCCCUGGUCCCAGCUGCUCAUGCCUCUCUGGCAGAAACGGGUUCUGCGCAGCUUUAAAGUCGAGCGCGAGUUUAACCGGCGUUCAGGUCUCCAGCCUCCAUACUGCGCCGUGUGCAGUCUCUUCCACACCUACGAACAGAGCGAGCUGAGAACUCUGAGUCAAGGAAUGUCCAUCUGUAGCGGAGAGGAGAAGCUGAGGACAAAGCCUCUGAUCCCGGAGAUGUGCUUCACGGCGAGUUCAGACGGACAGCUGUCCACUCCGAACCUGGAUGAGGACGGAACCAGUCCUCUGGUCAGCUGCUCGGUCUGCUCAGUGCGCGUACACACCAGUUGCUAUGGAGUGCCUCGAGACGGCGAUCUGGACGGAUGGAGGUGUUCACGCUGUGAGGCCAGCGCUUUCACUCAGGACUGUUGUUUGUGUUCUUUAAGAGGAGGAGCACUGCAGAGAGCCAACAAUGACAAGUGGGUGCAUGUAUACUGUGCAGUAGCAGUUUUAGAAGCCAGAUUUGUGAACAUCGCCGAGCGCCGGCCAGUCGACCUCAGUGCUAUACCACUACAGAGAUUUAAACUGAAGUGUCAGUACUGUCGGAAGCGGAUGAAGAGAGCAUCCGGUUGCUGUGUUCAGUGUUCACACGGCCGCUGCUCGUCCUCUUUUCACCCCACGUGCGCUCAGGCGGCCGGCGUUCACAUGCACCCCGACGACUGGCCCUUCGUCGUCUUCUUCACCUGCUGGAGACACAAAGGAGGCACAAAUGUCGAGCGUAACAAGGCGUCUAUGCGAGAGCUGGUGAAGGGACAGAAAGUCCUCUGCAAGCACAAAAACGGCCGCUACUACCAGUGCGAGGUGGUGGAGCUCACCAAAGCCACGUUCUACGAGGUGGUCUUCGACGACGGCUCGUUCAGCGACAAUCUUUUCCCGGAGGACAUAGUGAACAGAGACUGCGUGCGACUCGGGCCUCCAGCAGAGGGCGACGUGGUGCAGGUGCGCUGGACGGACGGCUUGAUCUAUGGUGCCAAGUUUGUAGCGGCUCACGUCAUCCCCAUGUAUCAGCUGGAGUUUGAGGACGAGUCUCAGCUGACGGUGAAGCGAGAGGAAGUGUACUGUAUGGACGAGGAGCUGCCCAAACGUGUGAAAGCGCGACUGUCCGUGGCGUCGGAUAUGCGCUUUAAAGGAGUCUUCGUGGAGAAGGAAGUCAAACAGAAUGCGAAAAGACAGCGCUUCAUCAACUCACGCUACAGAGAAGACUACAUCGAGCCGUCCAUCUACAGAGCCAUCAUGGAGUGACCUCACGCCUUUCAGCCAGAAUGCUUCCGACUCGGACACAAUCGGACCCUGGUUGUGUUUUUAAAUGCAGCUGUUUCGUUCUUACCGUAAACAGCGAUGUCCAGUCCCUAUGGUCAGGUCGUGUGUAAGAGCGCUUGUGAGGAUUGUUUGUUGUUUGUUUUUUUUCGGCUGAUUCUCUGUUGGAGUUCCUUAAUCCUCUCUUACCCCAUUUUUCCACGGACACGGUGCGCCAAACCGCCGAGCCGAAACGCUGUGGGUCUCUGAAUACGACUCUGAGCCCUACGUAUGCGCUAGUCAGCGGUCGCUUUCUACUUCUAUUUCCAUUUCUGUGACUUUUCACCUCACCAAUUUUUAAAAUUAGGUGCGAGUCUGUAAAGAUGAAUCCCAGCGAUUCGUUGGAGCGACCCUAUGAUCCGACGUUUCUUCAGUUCCCCGCCCACAGCUUUAUUCUGUGCCACAGAAACGAAAGAGAAAUGUUUCUCAUCACAGGUGUAGGUGAGAUAUUAGGAGAAUGAUGGAUUCAUUUUCCUAAGGAAGUAGAGGUCGCAGUUGCCUCUAGCAAAGCAAGCUAGGUGUGCCGCUAUGUACGUGCUCACUCUGACAUCUACGCUAGUUACAUGUAAAGCGAUGUUGAAUAUGUUUUUAUUUAAAAGCGGUGUGUAUAAGUAGUAUAGUGCGCUGUGCAACAUCAGAACAUAAAUGAAACGUCAUGCUGGACAGGCCACGCCCACAAGAGACGACUGACAAGCAAGUGAUGAGCUAAUCAGUGACCCCCUUGAGAGAACUUUAUUAACAUAUUAAAAGAUAUUAAAACAACAAACAAAAAAUCUGCACACAAAUCUAUACUUGCUGCAUGUUUACUUUUUUUUACGCCUGCUAAUCAGUCUGGCUAGUAAAAAAAUAUUCUACCAGAUCACUUCAGUGUUAGGGGAUAGGGUUAGGGUUGGGGGUAUAGAGU